AUGCCGAAGUCAAAGAGGGAUAAGAAAGUGUCCUUGACAAAAACAGCCAAGAAGGUGGAGGCAAAGCAGAACUUGAUCGAGGAGCUGAGAAAAUGUGUAGACACGUACCGGUACGUGUUCAUCUUCUCUGUGGAAAACAUGAGGAACAGCAAACUUAAAGAUGUCAGAGCAGCAUGGAAACACAGUCGUUUCUUUUUUGGUAAGAAUAAAGUGAUGAUGAUCGCGCUUGGAAAAGGACCAACAGAUGAGUACAAGGAUAAUUUGCACAAGGUCAGCAAGUACCUGAGAGGAGAAGUGGGCGUCUUGUUCACAAACAAAACCAAGGAGGAGGUGCAAGAAUAUUUCACCAGUUUCCAAGAGGCUGAUUACGCGCGGUCUGGUAAUACUGCACAGAUGGCGGUGACGCUGGACGAAGGGCCGCUAGAACAGUUCACACACUCUAUGGAGCCUCAGCUCAGACAGUUAGGACUGCCCACAGCUCUCAAAAAAGGAGUGGUGACGCUGUUACAGGACUAUGAAGUGUGCAAAGAGGGAGAUACGCUCACUCCUGAACAGGCUCGUAUUCUGAAACUCUUUGGCAUCGAAAUGGCCGAAUUCAAAGUGACCAUUAAAUGCAUGUGGAACUCUGAGACUGGAGACUUUGAGACGUUGGCGGGGGAAGAAGAGGACAACCAGCAAAAAGAUGAUGACGAAGAGGAGGAGGAUGAAGAGUGAAGUGAAUAAAGCAGAGGACUAAGUGGGAAAUGGACUUUUCUCUCAGAAUUUGCUGAGCUUGUGCAAACAGAGACAUUCGAAACACGUUAUAUUUUUGUGUAUAUUUGUCUCAGUAUGUGAGCUCCAGACUCACCAUGAACAAUGUUGUACAUCACUGUAUUGUACAGUUUGUUUUUGUGAUCUUUCUCCUAAAUACUUUGCUAAAACUGCUGUGUGCUGUUCACAAACCCCAGAACUGCUCAGUUGUCACACCAUUACAAUAUUGUUUUUACAAAAAUAAGAGCUGAUUCACUAAGAUUUCUAAGCCUGAAGUAACUGGUUUACAGUGUGUUUUUGUGGUUUUCCUGUCAAAUUUCCAAAUAUAAACAUAUAUAUUGUUACAUGCAAUACAGAGUGCAUGUUUAUAUAAUGCUAAAUGUUAAAAAUUAAAAAAACAUGGUUGAAAUAUUC